AUGGUUUACACAGUUAUCGAUGGAUUAGUGCUAAUAUCGAUUUCUCAUGUCUGUAAUUCUUUUUCACUGAUGAUUAUUCAGGUCUGUUAUCAAAAUGGCGGCAGUCGCGGCGACGAAUACAUCGCAGCUUUUACCUCUCGAGCUGGUGGAUAAAUGCAUUGGCUCACGGAUUCACAUUGUCAUGAAGAACGAUAAAGAGAUUGUGGGAACUCUGCUCGGGUUUGAUGACUUUGUCAACAUGGUUCUUGAGGAUGUGACGGAGUUUGAAAUCACUCCAGAAGGCAGAAGAAUCACAAAGCUGGAUCAGAUUCUGCUUAAUGGCAAUAACAUCACAAUGUUGAUUCCAGGAGGAGAAGGACCAGAAGUUUGAGAAAUGUGUAGCACCUUCCACAAAAAAAACAAACAAACAAAAAAAUUAUGUUCUUGUUUCAUAAAAAAAAAAAGGACUGAUCACUUAGAAUUGAUCACUUCUUGUCUUCAAAAAUUAGUUUUCACUUCAUGAAGGGGAGAUUUCCACAUUAGAUAUUUCUGUUGUUUAAGUGAUCCAGAAAGGUUUUGUAAACAU